GGUCAAUGCUGACAGUGUGGUGUGGAGAUGCUGACGAUGAAACUAAUAAUAUGCAUAGCGCUAGUGGUGGCGAGCUCGGCCGCUUCCCGAGAGAAACGCGGCAUCUUCGGCGAGCCAGGCGGCCUGCUGAGCGGGGGCGGCGGCCUCUCCGGCCUUAGCUCGCACGGGGCUGCGCACCACUCACAUGGACCUUCACACAACUCGCUGCACUCGGCUCCCUUAUCAUCGUACUCCUCAGCCCCAAUCCAGUCUGCCCCAUUGAGCUCCAGUUACUCUGCACCACUAUUGAGUUCACACUCUCAUCAUGCAGCGCCAGCCCUCAGCUCGUAUACUCCACUGGCCAGUUCUCUCUCCUCUGCCCCCUUAUUAAGUUCUCCCUCCGUCUCUUAUUCUGCGCCUCUUCAUUCUCACUCGAGUCUUAGCUCAGCUCCUCUUCUAAGUUCGCCUGUGAUAGCGUCUGCUCCUGUAAGUCAUGCAGCAUUACACGUGGGGCACUCAGCUCCCCUGCACUCCUCGUCUCUUAGUGUGAGUCAUUCGCCGUCUGUUGGUUUAGGCAGUUAUGCUCCGAGUUAUUCUAGUCAUUCUGCUCCAUUGAGUUCGAGCUAUUCAGCUCCUCUUAGCUCGAGUUACUCAGCUCCAUUGAGCUCAAGUUACUCUGCCCCUUUAAGCUCCAGUUACUCUGCUCCGUUGAGUUCAAGUUACUCUGCGCCAUUGAGCUCAAGUUACUCCGCACCAUUAAGUUUAAGCCACUCAGCUCCAGUAAGUGUGAGUCAAUACGCUCCGAGUUAUUCUAGUCAUUCAGUUCCAUUGAGCUCCAGUUAUUCUACUCCUUUAAGUCACUCAGCCCCACUAAGUUUGAGUCACUCCGCCCCACUAAGUUUAAGUCACUCAGCUCCGUUAAGCUCUAGCUACUCUGCACCAUUGAGCUCUAGCUACUCUGCGCCUUUGUCCUCCAGUUAUUCUGCACCUUUGUCCUCUAGUUAUUCUGCUCCUCUGAGUCACUCCGCCCCACUAAGUUUCAGUCACUCCGCCCCAUUAAGUUUAAGUCACUCAGCUCCAUUAAGCUCUAGCUACUCUGCGCCUUUGUCCUCCAGUUAUUCUGCACCUUUGUCCUCUAGUUAUUCUGCACCUUUGUCUUCUAGUUAUUCUGCUCCUCUGAGUCACUCCGCCCCACUAAGUUUGGGGCACUCCGCCCCAUUAAGUUUGAGUCACUCCGCCCCACUUAGUUUGAGUCACUCCGCCCCACUUAGUUUGAGUCACUCAGCUCCAUUGAGCUCUAGCUACUCUGCACCUUUAAGCUCUAGUUACUCUGCACCUCUAAUUGUGAGCUAUUCUGCUCCGUUGAGUUCGAGCUAUUCAGCUCCUCUUAGCUCGAGUUACUCAGCUCCAUUGAGCUCGAGUUAUUCAGCCCCUUUGAGCUCAAUUUCCUCUGCACCAAUAAGGCAUUCGGCUCCUAUAAGUGUAAGCCAGUACGCCCCUCAAUAUUCUAGUUAUUCUGCUCCCAUAAGCUCAAGUUACUCAGCUCCUUUAAGCUCAAGUUACUCAGCUCCUUUGAGUUCUGGUUACUCUGCACCUCUGAGUUUGAGUCACUCUGCACCUCUGAGCUUGAGCCACUCAGCUCCUCACUACUCGAGCUACUCGCCAUCUCACAGUCACCAUGGGCACGGCAGCCACAGUGGACACUACGGUGGACAUCACGGGCAUGGUAGCCACAGCAGCUACGGCGGCCACGGUAGCCACGGUAGCUACGGUAGCCACGGUGGGCACGGCAGCCAUGGUAGCCACGGUAGCCACGGCGGGCACCACAGCCACGCCCCCGUGGUCGUGAAAGUGGUGAAGGCGCCACCAAGGUACGCGUCUGGCUGGUGGUGAAGUGCUUGUGUGACAUAGCUUUAAUAACAUGAUAUUUAUGAAACUUUUGGUAUUUGUUGUUUUGAUGGAGUUUACGGGUGUUGUUACUGAUGUUGUGAGUAAAAUAAUAAAGAGAAGAAAAAAACGAAAAUUCAUGUGUAUUUAUUCUGGUCUUGUUCUGGCUGCUGUUAAAAUUAUUAAUAAGUUUGCAAAUUGUCUACUUUUAUGAGAAGACUAAAGGCUCAUUUCUAUAACUGCUAGAUAUAUUCUGUCCAAGUUGGUAUGUAAAUAAUCUAAACACAUCUAGAAUAACUUAGAAAAUAGUUUACCUAAAGCUAAAAUACCUACAUUUAAAUUAAAUAACUGUGCAUGG